AGAUUACAUUUUAAACUUAGAAAUUAGGUAAAUUACAGAAGGUAGUUCUGAGGGUCUGUAUCUCUUAAUUGCUUAUACCUUUAAAUGGGAGCAGUGACCGUCUUUGAAAGAUUAAAAUAGGUCAGGAAUGGCAACCUGCCCUCCAAAACGAGUAGACUGGGAAUGUUAUAUAGAAUUUUAUAGCAUCAUUAGUUGUCCCUUAUGGUUAGGGAAUAUUUUGGGCAAGUUAAAACUUUCAGUAAUUUUAACUAUUUUAAUGUUUCUAAAUUGUAGGAUAUUAAUUAAUAUAUUAAUAUAUUAUAAUAUUUUUGCUGAUAUGUUGUACAGUAGUAUAGUUUAUGGGAUACAAAACUGAAAGGAGACUUAUCCUUGGAGAUAUCCAGGAAAAUACAGUUAAGAAAGCCAUUUAUCUGUUGCUAAUAUAAGGUUAGUAAUACAUAACCAUAUAAUCUGUAGGAUAGUAUGACAUUUCUGCCUUUAUGCAAAAUUAUUGAAUCAAAGUUUGAAGUAGUGCUUUCUUUAAUGGAUUUUAUUCAUAAAAUCAUCUUUACUGUAAUCUGUGUUCCUUGACUUUUCAUCAACAUUGAAAACAUUUUCUCUUAAUUUUUUCUCAUUAACAUAAUGAACCAUAUUCAUUUUUUGGUCAGUUGUAAGCCAUUCUUUUAUUCCACUUGGAUUGUUCAUUUUAAGUGAAGGAGGCGGAGCCUUUAUUGUAUAAGCAGACAUUUUUGAAAUAACAGGAUAUUUCUUAGCCUAGAACUUGUAUAUUCUUUAACAUUAUAAGGAUAAGAUUAAACAGUUUCUGUGUUUCAGUUAACUAUUUAACUUUAUCAGAGUUUCAGGCAUAUCCAAAACACUGAAAGCUUACUAGCACCUGCAUAGUGAAUCAGUUAAAAAAGUUGUCCUCAUUUUGCAUUUUGAAUUCUGAAUAAUAUUUCUAUCUACACAGCAGCCCAGAAAACAAUAAAACUAUCACUUCAUAUAACAUUGCAUCGUUCCUGGAUUCUCUACAGUUGUUUAGUUCUCCUCAAGUAAGCAUAUGCUUCUGAGACAUUCUUUUACUUCAGGUAAAAAUGAACUGAAAACAGAAAAAUCAUUUUGUCUGUUUCUGCAUCAGUUCUAUAAGGAGCAAGUAAAUUUCUUUGUUUUCGUUUAGGUAGGAUGUUGUCGUAAGGAUAGAUGGUAGUGUUCAACAUGUUAAAGAUGUUAAAGAUGGGUAGUAGGAAUUCAGUGAACAUUAGGUAUCAUGGAUCAAGGUCAGGUUUAGUGAGUCAGAUACUCUUCAGUAACAGGCGGCUCAUGAAAGCAUUAAAGCUUAAAGUUGCUGUGAGUUCAGCAAGCAGGGGGAUUGAGAAGACAAGCAGAUGGGUUAAAACUAAAGGUCAGUAAGUGGGCAAGACUAGUUAAAUGAGGCAGAUACUCCCUAAGUUUGGAAUUCCAGAAAGGUGCUUGAAAAGGACUGAACCCUUCAAGCCUACUGCUGUUAGUGUGUAGAGUCCUUGAGGAAACAAGCAUUUUGACAUAACUUAAUCACUCUACUAAGAAACUAAGAAGAUGAAGGAAGCUGGAACGUCUUGCUGGAAAAGGAAUGAGGGAAUGAAAGGGUAAGUUUCUGACUAGAAUUUUGUGAUUUCAGAACUUGCAGGAAAACUAUUCUGUUUCCUUUUGGGUUAGAUUCUCAGGCACUAGCAGCUGCUAGAAUAGACAUUGGAAGGCAGAGCCAAAAUAGAUCAGUAUGCAAUUUUGUAAAAUUACUGAGGAUGUAGAGAAAAGUAAUUUGUGAAACCUCUGAAAUCAUCUGCAGCUCCAUGUUUGUGUUUGAACUGAAUAACUUAGGACUUAAAGAAGUCAAAGCCAUCAGAAAGUAACAUGUACUCCAUUCAGCUGAAUAAAUGUCAUUUUGGUAUUAGCAUAGAAAAGAAUCUUUAAAACUUCUUUCCAAAAAGCACUCAGUAUUGACCCAUAUGUUCCAAUAUAGUUGUGAACCAUGUACAACUGAUGUUUGACUUGACUCAACAUGAAAAGAAUUUAACCAGCUGUCCUUGCUGAAUCUUGUCUCCUGAAUAUGGUUCAAUGUAUCUAUGCCUGCCUACCUCAAUCUGCAAGGGAGUGUCAGAAAGGCCCCGCAUUCGCCAAGCCGAGAUACUACUCGUCAACGAAUCAAAUUCAGUGAUGACAGAGUAUGCAAGAGCCACCUUCUCAACUGUUGUCCUCAUGAUGUCCUUUCUGGAACUAGAAUGGACCUUGGAGAAUGUCUGAAAGUCCAUGACCUGGCUUUAAGAGCGGAUUAUGAAAUUGCAUCCAAAGAACAAGAUUUUUUCUUUGAACUUGAUGCCAUGGAUCAUCUGCAGUCAUUCAUUGCAGAUUGUGAUCGUAGAACAGAGGUGGCCAAGAAAAGAUUAGCAGAAACCCAAGAAGAGAUCAGUGCCGAAGUAGCAGCAAAGGCAGAACGUGUUCAUGAGUUAAAUGAAGAAAUUGGUAAAUUGUUAGCCAAGGUGGAACAACUAGGAGCUGAAGGGAAUGUGGAGGAAUCCCAGAAAGUAAUGGAUGAAGUGGAGAAAGCACGGGCAAAGAAAAGAGAAGCAGAGGAAGUUUAUCGGAAUUCUAUGCCAGCUUCGAGUUUUCAGCAGCAGAAACUUCGAGUCUGUGAAGUCUGCUCUGCCUAUUUAGGACUUCAUGAUAAUGACAGAAGACUGGCUGAUCAUUUUGGGGGUAAACUGCACCUGGGAUUUAUUGAAAUAAGAGAGAAGCUUGAAGAAUUAAAGAGAGUUGUAGCUGAGAAGCAGGAGAAAAGAAACCAGGAACGGCUGAAACGAAGAGAAGAAAGGGAGAGAGAAGAAAGAGAGAAGCUGAGGAGGUCCCGAUCUCACAGCAAGAAUCCGAAAAGAUCCAGGUCCAGAGAGCAUCGCAGACAUCGAUCUCGCUCCAUGUCACGUGAACGCAAGAGGAGAACUCGAUCUAAAUCUCGGGAGAAACGCCAUCGCCACAGGUCCCGCUCCAGCAGCCGUAGCCGCAGCCGUAGCCACCAGAGAAGUCGGCACAGUUCUAGAGAUAGGAGCAGAGAACGAUCCAAGAGGAGAUCCUCAAAAGAAAGAUUCAGAGACCAAGACUUAGCAUCAUGUGACAGAGACAGGAGUUCAAGAGACAGAUCACCUCGUGACAGAGAUCGGAAAGAUAAGAAGCGGUCCUAUGAGAGUGCUAAUGGCAGAUCAGAAGACAGGAGGAGCUCUGAAGAGCGCGAAGCAGGGGAGAUCUAACUAGCUGUGUACAUUUCUUCAGUCCUUAAGCUUCCUACGGAGUUACAUACUAUUGUUUAGUUCACAGCUGUUCAGGGUGACAGUAAGCAGAUCCAGACACCAGAUCCAGCUAGGCUAGAUGUACAGUAUCUAACUUGAUCUGAACUGAACCUGUUUUCCUUGAUGAUGCCUAAAACUACAUCCAUAGUUUCUGGUGAACCUGUAAUACAGUUCUGAAAGUACCGUUUUAUAUAAUAAGAUGCUGAUCUCUUUAUUCUUUCAAGUAAGAGUGAUAGUGAACAAAUUGUGUUACUUGCCUUGGGAUUUUUUGAACAUUUGUAAAAUGCUGUCUUCCUAGUCCAAACAGCUGCAGCUUUGGGCAUUUUCUUUUAAAUUCUUCUUUUCUCUGACUUUGUAUCCCUUAACCUGCACUCCCCAGUUGUAAGAGAAGUGGGACAGGGAAGCACUGUAGCUUCCAUUCUAAGGCUCUACUCCCGUUAUGAAUUACUAGUGAUUACAGUUCAGAGCAUUGAUCCUGGAAUGUGUGCUGGAGAAAUUUAAAAUACUGGGUUUUUUUGUUUAAUGGUGCCUGUUUAGAGUUGGAAAUUGAACAGCUGUUGCAUUACAUACUUUUGCUUUUUUAUUGAAAUUUUGAAAUCGAACUUGUCUUGAUUUUUCUGUUCUGUUGAAUUGCUAUAUUCAGGAUGUUCUUGGGGGGUGGGGGCAGGGAUUCUUCGUAAUAAGCACUUGUUUUAUUUUGUGUGUGUGGAGUAUAAAGGCUACACCCUUAUUGUAAAACAUAAUAAUAAAAUGAAAGAAACAAUCACCACCACCAUUAUUAAACUGUAACUUGUCUAGUAAAUUGUCACUAGAACUAUUUGCUGUGGGCAUUUCCUCUAUUCUGUUAUAUCAUUAAUAUAAGUGCCUUACUGUGCAAGGCACCAAAGGACAUAAAUACGUACUUACAGAGAUUCCAGAUGAGCUGUUCACGUGGGCCCCUUGCUGACUAUAUUCCAGCCACAUCAGGGUUGUUUGUAGUGACCGUUACAGAGAAGGAAUGGACCUGUAGAAGAAAUUGGGUGUUCUUAUUCAGCAAACCCAAAUAAAAACGGUAUAUGUAACCAA